AUCAUAAUUCUCGUAUGGCCCGAAGGCCGAAUGUUAGGAAGAGCCCGGGAGAGAGGCGUCGACGAUCCACCGGUAUAUAAAGCUGCCGGCGCGAGCACAGAGCAUCACACAACCACGACACCUCCGUGAGACAACAUGAAAGCAUUCUUGGUAUUAGCUGCCGUCGCGGCACUCGGCUCAGCGAGGCCUGAGGCGGGAUACAGUUACAACGCUCCUGGUGGCGGCGGCCUGGGAGGAGGACAUGGCGGGCUCGGCGGCCUCGGCGGAGGCAUCGGAGGCGGCCUCGGCGGCGGCCAUGGUGGCUUCUCCUCAGGCGGUCUGAGCUCCAGCAGCUUCGGCAUCGGCGGCGGCAGCAUUGGAGGUGGAUUCUCCUCCGGCGGCUUCUCCUCCGGCGGUGGCAGCUUCUCCUCUGGCGGCGCUAUCGGCGGAGGCUUCGGCGCCGGCGGCGGCGGCGGCGGCGGCUUCGGCGGCGGCAUCGGUGGAGGAAUCGGUGGCGGAAUCGGUGGCAUCGGAGGCGGCGGCUUCGGCGGCGCUCCCAUCGUGCAGAAACACAUCUACGUCCACGUUCCCCCACCAGAACCCGAAGAACAGCGCCCGCAAGUGAUCAGCGGAGGAUCCAUCCCCCAGAAACACUACAAGAUCAUCUUCAUUAAGGCACCGGCACCUCCCGCACCCGUCGCGCCCAUCAUCCCCGCUCAGGCUCAAAACGAAGAGAAAACCCUCGUCUACGUGCUCGUCAAGAAACCCGACGAACAGCCCGACAUCACCAUCCCCACUGCUGCUCCCACCCAGCCCUCCAAACCCGAAGUUUACUUCAUCAAAUACAAGACCCAGAAGGAGGGAGGAAUCGGUGGUGGCGCCAUUGGUGGCGGACUCGGAGGCGGUCUCGGCGGCGGUCUCGGCGGCGGACUCGGCGGUGGACUCGGCGGCGGCUCUCUGGGUGGCAGCAUCUCUGGCGGUAGCAUCGGUGGCGGCAUCUCUGGCGGCAGCAUCGGCGGUGGUCUCGGCGGCAUUGGCGGUGGCAUCUCUGGCGGUAGCAUCGGCGGCGGCAUCGGCGGCGGUCACGGUGGCAGCAUCGGCGGCGGUCACGGUGGCAGCAUUGGCGGCGGUCACGGCGGCUCCUCCGGAGUGUCCACCUCCUACGGCCCCCCCGGCCACUCCGGCCCUUACUAAACGGCGCGUCGAGCUCGAAUCGAGCGCACCUUUGUGAUACCUGGUUAGCCGGCGACAACCCUAGUGUUAAGUAGAGAAAAAAAUUACGGUGCCUAAAUGUAUUUAUGUAAAUAGUAAUUUUAAUGUAUGAUAAUUCUAGAUGUAUUAUAA